AUGAAAGAUCAUCCGGCCGUUAUCGAGUGUACCGUCGAACCCGUGUCUCAUGCUGCAAUUGAGUGUGCAGCAAAAAUCAUUCCUUACAAAGGACCGGAGGACUCUGGCCGCCUCAAAGUGACGCGCUUGGACGCAAAGAAUCGGCCGAAUCCGAUUGGUGACCGAUGGCAUUUGGCAUUGCAAGUGAGACCGAAGGAGGUGGAAGAGUGGUUCGAUUCGUACGUUUGCCGUUGUGAGGCCUGGAACAAGGUGUUUGCACUUCAGCGGCCCAAGAAGGUUGUCAGCCGGGCUGCAAUCGUGGUGGAAGCAUAUAUGGAAGAGCAAUUCCAAGUGGAACCAGUAUCCACCGACCUUGCUGUUGGAUCGCGUUUAACCUUAACAUGUGUUCCACCAAGAGGAAGACCUGAACCUGAGACAUACUGGUUGUUUAAUGGCGCAAAAGUUCCUUCGGAAGCUCAUGCGAGAAUUCUAGUUGAUGACUACAAUCAGCUAAUUAUUGAAAAUGUGUCAUUAGAAUCCAGUGGAAAUUACAGUUGUGUGGCUGACCUUCUGAGUAAAGAGUUUCGCUACGCAACAGCCACUGUAAAUAUAGUUCCCAUUUGGAAAACAAAACCACCAAAAACAGAUAGUUGGAUGAAGUGGACACCCUGUGCUUGGCACACAGAGGUUGCUCCGGAACCGUUUGGGGUAUUACGAAGAUUUUGUCAAAGUAGAAGGGUUCGAACUUGCGCAUACGGUCUCAGCCUAGAUGUUGAUCAGCUUCAAAGGGAUACUUCAAGUCGAUCGUUGGAUGAAAGAUUAAAGAAAUGCCCACUUCCAUGGCUGCAGAAGAAAAAUUGUUCUUCGAAAGAUUGCAAGGGUAAAAAUAUCUCACUAACACAGACAACUGAGACACAUGAGGAUGAGAAUAGUGUCCUAAGAACAGACUCUCAGGCUCGAUUGAUUGCAACAAUCUGCGGGCUAUUUUUGUGUUUGGCCCUCUUUAUUGGCAUAAUCGGUGUUACAGCAAGCAAGCGAACACGACUGGUAUUGAAGUCCUACCAAUGCGUGUGGGGCUGCUGCUGUUCUCAAGAUACAUCACGACGGAGCAAACCUACCUGUCCUGGUGGAACCUUGAUUAAAGAUUCCUUGCUAUGUACUGCCGAUGCAAUCAGUGGUACAUCGGUAGUGAACUCCCGUACCUUACAGGAACGAAUCAGGAAUCAAUCAUCGGACUUUGUACAGAACGACAGUAUACCAUUCAAAUUACCUCACUAUUUGAUGACCGCGCGUAGUGAUAUCCAAUUUGUGCGUAAUGACCUGGAAGUCAAAACGGCAUCUACAGGUAGUUCCACUGAGCAAUCUUCGGAUACAGCGACUACUAAUCUUACGACUAUGGAUCUCGCCUUCGAAAGUCAAGGAAACGCCAUGCAAGAAGCUACCAAUCCACCAGUGCCUGAAAACAGUCUGCUUGGUUUUGUUGAUGUCACUACUCAUCCAGGUAUUCCUUGCCAGAUCCAGCUGAAACAAAAACCAAGCCUAUGUUGCGAAGUAGAAAAGGAUACGACCGGUUUAAUUAAACCCUUAAGUUUGGUUGUUCGAGAAAGCGUUCCAGAAGACGGAUGCACACUAUCGAUCGGAAAAUCAGGGAUAUAUCUCCGCGUUCCACCGCAUGUUUUCGAACACACCAAGGAGACUGAGGUUUAUCUUGCUGUUUUUAAGGACCGGAAGGACCAGCCUACAUUGCAACCCCAUCAAAUAUUACUGAGUGAGACUAUCGAAUUUGGUCCAACAAACGUGAGAUUUCUGAAGCCCGUGGAAUUGACUUUUGGACAUUACUUGGCCCACUCCCCUGCGGUAUCCCAGCUGUUCAUCUGCUUCGCAAUCCCAAAUGUCAAAUCUGAUUCAAUAAACUGGCAAGUUCAACCGAUGCUAAGUGAAUUCAGUGGUGUCCAAUUGAGCUUGCGGAUAUUGGAUGGGACAACAGCACGUCUUACAAGCACUAGCCCAGUGCGAAUUUGCUUGAUUGGGCAAUUGCAAAACACUAUUGUUUCCUGUGACUUCUAUGAGAAUGAUCACACCGAAUACCUUCAAAUCGGCUGUAAUGAGACGAAAGAGAAAAUACUUCACUUUACUGCAUUCGGAAGCUGGACCACCGUCGAGAAAUACUACAAUAUCCGAGUGCAUGUACUAUCGGGUAAGGUGGAUGAACUUGAGCAAAUGGUUCGGUUGGAACGCGAUUUGAAUGGACAAUUUCUUGUCGGAGCAGGUCCAAUCCAGUUCAAAAAUUGUGGGGCAAAUCUUAUAUUUUGUAUAGAAAACAUCGGCGGCGGUUGGCACAGCAGACUGCAUAGUGGUAAACAGGAGAUCCCAUUCAGACACGUUUGGAACCGAGAUCAAUCUGCGCUGCUUCAUUGCUCUUUCACUCUCGAGUACCUGGGUCCAGCCUAUGUGGGCGGAUGUUGCACGAUAACCGUGCAUCAAGAGGGCGUAUAUGACCAACACGCUGCUCUAUGUGUCCAACGUGUCACAUAA